CCGAUCAACGAAACCGGGAGCCGUUUCGUCGCAGCAACGAGCUCGGUGUAACCAUCAAGAUUACCGGCCGCGGCGGUUGCGCCAAGUACUGUGGUACAGCUCCAUCACCCGGCAACAUUUCAUUCUCCAGUUUUCGUCAGUCCUUCACCUCGAAUGUCAACUACCUGAAACGGAGCUUGUCUUCCAGGUUCUCGUCAGGGGACCUAAGCUCGGAGCUCGAUGAUGAGCCCAACGCGGAUCCUGGGAUGGCCACCGUGGGCCGGCAGGAUUCGUCUCAGCCGUAUCAAGCAGUGCCGGAUCGACCCCUGCAAUCCCAACCGGGCCCGAUAUCGCUGCCAACCCACCCGCCGAUCCCGGGUGUUCCACCCCAGGGACCGCCGCAGCCCAUCGCCGGCGGCGAUCUCAGUCUCAACCUGAGACCUGGCUCGCGGACCACUAGCGCACCAUCCUCGCCGGCGAAGACACGGGAGAGUUUGCUUCAACGGGUACAGAGCUUAACCGGUGCCGCUCGCGACCAGGGUGCUUCUAUUUUGGGAGCGGCGGUAUCUGGCGCGACCAGAGGCUCGUCAUACAGCAAGGACCGAUGCUUUACUUUGCUGGUGAUCGAUGACCAGAAUACCGACUGGAGCAAAUACUUCCGGGGACGCAGAUUGCAUGGUGAUUAUGAAAUUCGUGUGGAGCAGGCGGAAUUUCGAGAACUGUCCCUGACGGCAAGCGAGGCGGGCACCGUAGUGUCCAUGGCUGUCUAUCGUAACGGGACCAAAGUUAUUCGAUCGUUCAAACCUGAUUUCGUAUUGAUACGUCAAAAUCUACGAGAUGCUGGAGAAGAUUAUAAGAAUCUUCUUCUUGGUCUGAUGUAUGGCGGUGUACCUAGCGUUAAUAAUCUCACAGCAAUUUACAACUUUCAGGACAAACCUUGGGUAUUUGCUCACCUGCUGGGACUACAGCGCCGUUUAGGUAAAGACAACUUCCCCCUGAUUGAACAGAGUUAUUAUCCCAAUCAUCGCGAAAUGGUGAGCGCAUCUCGAUAUCCCGUCGUAGUGAAAUUGGGCCACGCCCACGGCGGAACCGGCAAGGCCCGUGCGGAAACAAAUCAGGAAUUUCUAGAUCUUGCUUCGUUGGCAGCUAUGGCGAACGCUUAUUGCACGGCGGAACCCUACAUCGACACCAAGUACGACGUGCACGUACAGAAAAUUGGGAACAAUUACAAAGCUUUCAUGCGGAAAAGCAUAAGCGGCAACUGGAAAUCGAACACCGGAUCGGCUAUGCUAGAACAACUUUCCGUAAGUGAACGACAUCGCACAUGGGUCGAUCACGUGGCACAAUUAUUCGGAGGAUUAGAUAUCUGCGCGAUUGAACUGCUGGUGGGCAAAGAUGGUCGGGAACACAUUAUCGAGGUCAACGACAGCGCAUUAUCCUUAAUGGGUGACUCUCAGGAGGAGGAUCGACGUCACAUCGCUGAAUUGGUCACCGCAAAGAUGCAGGUUUACUGUCGACCUCCGAGCGUGUUGACGAAAACGGCCUCGCGGGGUUCGAUGUCAGGUUCUAGCCAGGUGGGUAGUCCGGUAGAAGAUCGAACUGCACCUCCGACCGCACCCUUGGGAUCCCACGGAAGUAUGGGCUCUAUGGCUAGUAUAGGAAGUUUAGGUUCCGUGGGUUCUACUGCACCGAUGACUGGCGACGUCACUGCCUCGGACAGUCAUCAUCAGUUGCAGCGGCGUGAUUCUCAAGCUUCUCAAUCAAGCACGGUAAGCAGCGCGCCUUCCGUCGGCCGACGUACCGAAGAACCAUCAGCAUCUAGAGUGCCGUUUCAUCGACAAGGUAGUCAGUCGCAGGCUCCGAGUGAAGACACCGAAGACACAAUGAAGAAUCUGCGAAAGACUUUUGCCGGUAUAUUUGGCGACAUGUAGACCACAAGAUAUGGCCGACGCAGCGAGAGUGUAGACGUCGGGCACUCUCGCGAUGAGGUAGCUAACGAUAAUAGGUCGGCAACAAUAACACGAACUCAUGAAAUUCUCCGGCGAUCCCUAAGCAUGUUCCACGAAUGAAGCGGCAUUACACUCGACGCGCCGAUCGUGCGAAAGUUGACGCGGAGCAUGUAAAUAUCUAUAUAUUUGCAGAUUGUCGUAGGAAAUUCGCGAAACUGCAUGCCACGCGAAGUGCACUAAUCAUUUAAAUUUAAUCGAAAGUUAUCGGAAAAUAAAAGCAUUUCGCCUAUUAAUUAAAGCGCUAAAAGUACAAGUAGAUCGAAUCACAUGGUUUAAGAUCGAAAAAGCAAUUUUCUGGUUAUUUGCUUUAAAUUUCCUUGAAACUUUGACUUGAAUUUGAUUUACUUGCACUUUUAGUGCUUUAAUUAAUAAACGCCAAUCAAACCAAGCAAGGAACAAGUUGAUAAUGAUUAUUACGUGUUUUAGGGAAUAAAAUUAAAAGAUAUAUAAAGAUUUUCCCUUUCAACAAUUUAAUAAGCUAACGCGCUGUAGUGAGAUAGGUUCUGUAUAGCAAAAAAAAAAUCAUGAUCAUGUCUAGAUGACGAUUAGAAAGUAUAAAGUAGGUUCUAUAUAAUCCAUAUACACUGACGAAUUUAAAGCUAGUCAAGUUCAAUCGAAGAAAAUGACACCUCAUUUAAUAUCAGUUUAAUGUCAGUCGAAUUACUACCGCGAUAUCUAGCAAAACUGUUUACAUCAACAAUAAGCGCGCUUACUCACUAUAAAAGCAGGAAUCGCUCCGUAGGCCCCUGGCAUCUCC